AGGCGGCACUGCAUUUAAAACCGUCAAGGCUUCAGGUAAAAGGAAUCACAGGUAGAAAACUGUUAGAUGCAGUAAAAUUCUCGGUAUUCCACCAGAUGUAGGAAAACCCAAACGGUUUAAUAAAAGAAAAUAACUAGGGUUUACAAAGGCUGCACAUACGAGAUUUUCGGGUAUAAAGAGUGGCGCCUGUUGCUGGGUAUUGGCAUUGUAAUAACGAAAGCAAUAGCGAAAUGGUUCAUCUAUUGACUGAAAAGAAGACGCAGGAGGUGGUGACCAAAGCCCCCAGGCAGCUUCAAUUGAGCGGUCACGUGGGGUUCGACACGCUACCGGACCAGCUGGUCAACAAGAGCGUCCAGAAUGGGUUUAACUUCAACAUUCUGUGUAUCGGCGAGACUGCACUCGGGAAAUCCACGCUCAUGGACACCCUGUUCAAUACCAACUUUGGAUCCACACCGAGCCCGCACAGCCUACCCAAUGUGAAGCUGAAGGCAAAUACCUACGAGCUGCAGGAGAGCAACGUCCGCUUGAAGCUGACCGUUUGUGACACGAUCGGAUACGGCGAUCAGGUUAAUAAAGCGGACAGCUACAAGGCUUUGGUGGAGUACAUAGACAGCCAGUUCGAAGCGUAUUUGCAGGAAGAGCUCAAGAUUCAGCGGACGAUGGCCAGUGCUCAUGAUGGACGCGUUCACGCCUGCCUGUACUUCAUCUGCCCCACGGGCCAUGGUCUGAAAGCUAUGGAUUUGGUGUGCAUGAAGCAAUUGGACACUCGGGUAAACAUCAUUCCCGUGAUCGCGAAGGCCGACACAAUCUCCAAGUCGGAGCUGCCAGGUUUUAAGGAACGAAUAAUGAACGAACUACGGCGGAACAAUGUGUGUAUCUACCAGUUUCCCAUGGACGACGAAACUGCGUCCGAAACCAAUGCCUCGAUGAACGGUCAUCUUCCCUUUGCCGUUGUUGGCAGUACGGAGUUCGUAAAGGUUGCCGGUAAGCAGGUUCGUGCCCGUCAAUAUCCUUGGGGAGCGGUGCACAUAGAAAACGAGUCGCACUGCGAUUUUGUGAAACUGCGC